UAGAAACACGGUAAUGUUUGGAAAACUUUGCCUUCAGUUUCAAAGUAUACUUUCGCAACUGCAUACGCAAUAAAAGUUUAGACAAGUUUAAUUUUUGCCCCACUAAAAGAAAGAAGAAAAAGUUUUUAGUGAUUUAUGUCAAGGUUAUAUUUAACUUCAAAAGUGAUAAUUAACUUAGUGAAAACUUUUGAGCAUAUUGUUAUUCAAACACACACCCCUCCUUCUAAUAUUUGUGUAUAUCUUAAUUCGUAAGACAAUAUUAAGCUUUGUCAAAUUAACCCAAAAGUGAAACGUUCUAAUAUAAUAUCGAAUGAGUGCAUGAACGAACGUCCAGACCAUACUUUUGUUAUAAACAAAGUUGUGUGAAUUUUCCGAUUGAACAACAUUUUUAUGUUGAAAGCUUCCGAAGUGGAUAUGAUUCUUAGUUUGUAAGUGCUUACGUAGUGACGGCGUACGGACAAUUUUCCAUUCGUUUCGUCGGUUCUGUGAAAUGUCGCCUCUAUCAAAUAAUAAUGCAGCCCAAAGUGAAACAAAUCAAAUCUCAUCGAAUUCAGCAUUCAAGCCACUUAUGUCCGAAUCAAGACAAUUGAUUGGAAUGUCAACAUCAACUGCCUCGAACGAACAAUACACAGAACACAAUACACAUCUCGGAGCUUAUUCCAGUUAUAGUCAAAUGAAUACAGCAUCACAGGAAUACCACAGUAAUCAACAAUUAUCACUUAGCGCAUUUAAACGGGACCAACACCACGAAGACAUAGCGGGCUUCAGCUAUCCACGUCCAGUAAAACUCUACGAACAUCCAAUUGAGCCAUAUUCACCAAACCAAAGUGUAUAUCGGAACGAUGCUCCAUCGCCCGGCGCUUCAAUAAUUGAUUUAUCAACAUCCAGUGUUACAUCGUUGCGAUCACAAGGAUUUUCUAGUUCAGCAUAUUUUGAAGGACAGCGGUACGAUAGGAGUCCACAAUUGGCAUCGAGUCCUCAUUAUUCUAGUCCACAAAUGCUCAGCCCACAGGGACAUACUUUGGAUUUAAGUGUAGGACGAACACAAAUGGGUGGGGGAUCCAGUCCCCAGUACUCAGUAAGCACCCAUUCUCAAGCGCAAUAUACAGGAACAUACUCGCCACCACCCCCUGAACCAGUUGAUUUUAGCGGCUUACCACGACCAAUUGGUGUAGAAUAUCUAGGUUCAUUGGGCUCAUCAUCAUAUAGUCGUGAAUCAACUCCCAGUACUGGAAGCUCUCAUUUCAUGGAAGGAUACAAGGAUUUCAAUGGCAAUAGUCCGCAUUCAAGUUACGCAAUGUUCGGACAGCCCGACUAUCCACCAAAUGGAUAUGCUGGCUACAAUCCAUCAUACCACUACUCAAAUCCUUAUCUAAAUUCGUCGGGAACAAGUGGCUAUUCGAUGUCUGUCGCCGGUGAAUAUAAUCCAAAUACAGCCACAUUCGGAAUGCCACCCCCGCAACAUUUACCGUCAGACAUAAAACUUUCAAAAGAUAGCAUUUUAAAUUGUUCGUCAAAAAGUGAUAGAAUUCAUCCGCAAGAACUAAAAUGCCCGACACCUGGCUGUGACGGGUCGGGACAUAUUACCGGCAAUUACUCGUCACAUCGUAGUUUAUCGGGAUGUCCCAGAGCGAAUAAACCGAAAACUAAACCACGCAGCGGACAGGAUGCUGAACCAUUAAGGUGUCCUAUACCCGGAUGUGACGGAUCAGGCCAUUCUACUGGAAAAUUUUUAUCACAUAGAAGUGCGUCAGGAUGUCCGAUAGCAAAUCGAAAUAAAUUACGUGCUAUGGAACUGGAAAAUGUUGUCGCCGAAAAACAACAACACCAACAACAACAGCAGCAGCAGCAACAGCAACAACAACAACAACAGCGUGUUUACUCACAUAUUCAGCCGUCGCUAAAGAUUGACGGUGUCAAUUGUCCAACGAUUGGUUGCGAUGGUACUGGUCACAUUAACGGCACAUAUUUGACACAUCGUUCGCUAUCUGGUUGUCCAACAGCACAAGGUGUGAAACGACCGAAAUUUGAUGAGAUCGGAUUGGGAGCAUCGCCGCGUUUAAGUGGAGACCUUGACGGUGACAACAAAAAUUCGAAUUCAGCCGAAAGCUUCUCGUCACAAGAAUCGGAUGUAACCGAUCUGCAACGGGAAAAGGCACAAGUUGAACUCCAAAUGCUGCGGCUCAAAACCAACAUAAACGCUAUAGAAUUUCAAUUAAAUCACAAUGAGAGGUGUGUUUAAAUUAAUCACUUCGGGAAUACGAUCACACAAAAUGUUCUUCAUAAAAAAACUCACAUCUUCAAUAUUUCAAUAAAAUGAAUCGUCUAUUUUAUAACUCAACAUCCUGCAGCUGAAUUUUGAAAAUAAACACAACAGAAUCCAACAAGAUAAAUGAAAAUGAAAC